CUCAUUUGUAAGCAGUGAAGUGAAUAAACUACUGCAAAUCAUGCAAUGAAGGUAGCAGUCCAAGUUUACACUCCAGAGAUUACAGCGGCAAAGGGAUGGCUCAGGAAAUUUCUGCUUCCUUCCCUAAAGUAGGUAGAAGGUUACAAAUUAAUCUCAAAAGAGUUUAUAGGUCUCCCAAUGAGUUAAUGAGUAGGUUAAAACUGCCUGCUUCUCCCAGUUAUCUGAAGGCCAGUUGGUCCUGUGGCACAUAAAGUACCCAUACAUAAAGACAAGAAGUACAGCAGGUAGCCAGCAGACAAACAGCAGACAGGAACAAAGUGCUGUGCUUUCUGUGAAAGAUGCCAAAAGGUCUUUUCACUUUCAUUCGUCUUUUUAUGCUCUUACUGAGUUUCUCCACUAUUUGCCUGGCAGUGCUUUGCACGUCCACGAGUUCCUCCGUGUGCAGAUGUGGGAGCAACAAGCUCGUGUUUUAUUGCCUGUUAGCUUUGGGGCUCUGUCUCCUUGUUACCAGCGUUUUCUGGAGCACUUUCCAUGAAGUCCUGAAAUACAGGGCCCUUGGCAUCUUCAUUCGAAAUCCCAGCCACAGAGAACCACAUGUCUGCACCAUUGACAGGCCUGACUUCUAUCCUCCCUCUUAUGAAGACAGCAUAGAUCCUGAAAAACUGGGCUCCCCACUGCCAGCAGCCUGCACACUAAAACAGCAAGAAUUCUUCAAUAUUCCCCCGCCUCCAUACAGUGAAAGCAGUGCAGAGUUUGUCAGUGAGACAAAUGAGCAGGAACAGCCACCACCAUACACGUUAUCUGUGGAGCAGCAGCAAACAGCUGACCAAGACCCAAACCCCAGAGGGGGGUUAAAUUCUCAUAUAUCCAUGGAAGAAAUCAGCUGCCAACAGGAUACAGACUUCCAGAGGACCUCAGGAAGAGUAACACCUGUCAAAACAUAAGAGACAGGCAGCCAGAAAAAUCCUGCAUCUGUGAAGCAGGGAAAACUGGAAGAAGAAUUGUGUCAGUGAUCCCUAACAGUUAAAUUAUUUAGGGUGAAAUUGCACAGGAAAAAACAUUGAUCAUUUGUGACUUAGAGUGGAGUUGGAGGGGAUAUGUAAAAGUGUUUCAAGCAUUUUAAUUUAGAAUAAAUCUCCAUAGAGAUAGAAAUGCUCAGGCUGUGUCUAGUAGAAGUCACCAUCUCUGGCAACAGGAGUUUCUUAAGCUGCAAGAUAAAUGAAGCACCAUGGUGUUAUCAGUCUUGACUUGUGCCUCAUAAGGAGUUUCAGAAGAAAUCUGUCAUUUUUUGUUUUGAGACAUUAACUGACUUGGAAAACCUAUUAACUCAGCUUUGUUUGUGAUUUGCAGGUUAUUUGUUGCAACUGAUUAUUUUUGUAUUGUAUACCUUUCAAGGUGUUUUAUGUGACAGUAAAAUAACUGCUAUUUUACUAGUGAAUUCAUAAAUAAAUUUUG